CGCGCGCGCAUGCCGUCAGCACGCACGGCGUCGGUGCGUGCGCGCCCAGACGUUCCGCCGGGUGGCAGUCCCAGCGGAGUUUGCGGGUGCGGGCGGGACCGGGUUUCGUCCGUGGGCCCGGGGGCGGCGGGGGCCGGGGAGUGAGGGGCCGGCUGAGCCCACCUCGCUGGGCCCUCCCUGGCGCCCCGCCUUGGGCGGCGGCGAGCGCGCGGGCCGCCAUGUCGUACAUGCUCCCGCACCUGCACAACGGCUGGCAGGUGGACCAGGCCAUCCUCUCGGAGGAGGACCGCGUGGUCGUCAUCCGCUUCGGCCACGACUGGGACCCUACGUGCAUGAAGAUGGACGAGGUCCUGUACAGCAUCGCCGAGAAGGUUAAAAAUUUUGCAGUUAUUUAUCUUGUGGAUAUUACAGAAGUGCCUGACUUCAACAAAAUGUAUGAGUUAUACGAUCCAUGUACUGUCAUGUUUUUCUUCAGGAACAAGCACAUCAUGAUUGACUUGGGGACUGGCAACAACAACAAGAUUAACUGGGCCAUGGAGGACAAGCAGGAGAUGGUGGACAUCAUCGAGACGGUGUACCGCGGGGCCCGCAAAGGCCGCGGCCUGGUGGUGUCCCCCAAGGACUACUCCACCAAGUACCGCUACUGAGGCGCCCUCAGUCCGCGCGGAUAAAUGUCGUGGAGCCCUUUUUGUGUGGAAACGUUUUAAGCUAUUUAAAGCCUUUGGAAAAUACAGGAAGCUCCAGGGCUGGAGGACCUCUGAGAUGGAAUUGAUUACAUGGUCUUAACUCACCGAAAUAAACAAGCACGUGGUGAGAGGA